AUGUGCAAAGUGCGUUAUAAAUGGUACCGCGGCCACUGCGGCAUCAGUGGUUGUGGGCACACAGAAGCAGUGUGGAUCGAACGCUGCAAAGCAGCGAAUGCCCGUGAGAGGCGAGUACCUUGCCCGAAUCCACGUCCUGUCCUCCGUAUCACCGAGGCUUUUGCGAUGGGUCUUUGUCGUCCCUGUCUUGGUUGGGCUGUGUUGAUUCCGGGAGCUCCUGAACUGCUUGAUCCUGAGCGGGUUGAUAGGCCUCGUCGGCAACGCUAA